AUAAGUUUAUACCAUGGAUAGCAUAAAGGAGAAGUGUGACAGUUACAAAGAUGAUCUUCUGCUUAGGAUGGGACUUAAUGAUAAUAAAGCAGGAAUGGAAGGAUUAGAUAAAGAGAAAAUUAACAAAAUUAUAAUGGAAGCCACAAAGGGCUCCAGAUUUUAUGGAAAUGAACUCAAGAAAGAAAAGCAGGUCAACCAACGAAUUGAAAAUAUGAUGCAACAAAAAGCUCAAAUCACCAGCCAACAGCUAAGAAAAGCACAAUUACAGGUUGACAGAUUUGCAAUGGAAUUAGAACAGAGCCGAAAUUUGAGCAAUACCAUAGUGCACAUUGACAUGGAUGCUUUCUAUGCAGCUGUAGAAAUGAGGGACAAUCCAGAAUUGAAGGAUAAACCUAUCGCUGUAGGAUCAAUGAGUAUGCUGUCUACUUCAAAUUACCAUGCAAGGAGGUUUGGUGUUCGUGCAGCCAUGCCAGGAUUUAUUGCUAAGAGACUCUGCCCACAACUUAUAAUAGUGCCCCCAAACUUUGACAAAUACCGAGCUGUGAGUAAAGAGGUUAAGGAAAUACUUGCUGAUUAUGAUCCCAAUUUUAUGGCCAUGAGUCUUGAUGAAGCCUACUUGAAUAUAACAAAACACUUAGAAGAAAGACAAAAUUGGCCUGAGGAUAAAAGAAAGUAUUUCAUCAAAAUGGGAAACUCUGUAGAAAAUGAUAGUCCAGGAAAGGAAGUUAAUAAACUGAGUGACCAUGAACGAUCCAUCUCUCCACUACUUUUUGAAGAGAGUCCUUCUGAUUUGCUGCCCCCAGGAGAUCCUUUCCAAGUGAACUUUGAAGAACAAAACAGUCCUCAAAUACUCCAAAACUCAAUUGUUUUUGGAACAUCAGCCGAGGAAGUGGUAAAGGAAAUUCGUUUCAGAAUCGAGCAAAAAACAACAUUGACAGCCAGUGCAGGCAUUGCCCCAAAUACAAUGUUAGCAAAAGUAUGCAGUGAUAAGAAUAAACCAAAUGGACAAUACCAAAUUCUUCCCAAUAGACAAGCUGUGAUGGACUUCAUCAAGGAUUUACCCAUUAGAAAGGUAAGAUUUUUACAUACAGUUUAUUUUUGUAUAUGUCCUCUGAAUUCUGAAGAGAUACUAUGUAGGUCAAUAGUUAAUCAUUCUUUGCUAAAAUGUUUUAAAACAAUAGAUAAUAAGCAAGAACUAUCUUUUUUUUUCAUUUCAAGGGAUGGAGAGAGGAAGAGUAUGAGCGUUGAGAGGACAUUCAGUGAGAUAAAUAAAGCGGAAGAACAAUACAGCCUAUGUGAAGAACUUUGCAGUGAACUUGCUCGAGAUCUACAGAAAGAAGGACUUAAGGGUAGAACUGUUACCAUUAAGUUGAAGAAUGUGAAUUUUGAAGUAAAAACUCGUGCAUCUACAGUUUCAUCUGUUGUUUCUACUGCAGAAGAAAUAUUUGCCAUUGCUAAGGAAUUGCUAAAAACAGAAAUUGAUGCUGAUUUUCCGCAUCCCUUGAGAUUAAGACUUAUGGGUGUUCGGAUAUCUAGUUUUCCCAAUGAAGAAGACAGGAAACACCAACAAAGGAGCAUUAUUGGCUUUUUACAGGCUGGAAACCAAGCCCUGUCAGCCACUGGGUGUAUACUAGAGAAAACAGACAAAGAUCAGUUUGUAAAACCUCUAGAAAUGUCUCAUAAGAAGAGUUUCUUUGAUAAAAAACGAUCAGAAAGGAAAUGGAGUCACCAAGAUACAUUUAAAUGUGAAACCGUGAAUAAACAAAGUUUCCAGAUAUCACAACCAUUCCAAGUUUUAAAGAAGAAGAUGAGUGAGAAUUUGGAAAUAUCAGAGAAUUCAGGUAACUGUCAGAUAUUUACCUGUCCUGUUUGCUUUAGGGCACAAGGGUGCAUCAGUCUGGAAGCCUUUAAUAAACAUGUAGAUGCAUGUCUUGAUGGAUCUUCAAUCAGUGAAAACUCUAAAGUGUUCUCGUGUUCACAUGUUUCUGCUACCAGAGUUAACAAGAAAGAAAAUGUUCCUGCUUCUUCACUUUGUGAGAAGCAAGAUUAUGAAGCCCAUCCAAAAAUUAAAGAAGUGUCUUCAGUAGCUUGUGUAGCUUUAGUAGAUACUAUAGAUAACUCAUCUAAAGCAGAAAGCAUAGAUGCUUUAAGUAAUAAGCAUAUCAAGGGAGAAUGUUCUAAUCUCCCAGGCAAGUCUUUUAAUAUUGAACACUGUCAUCAGAAUUCUUCUUGCACUGUUUCGUUGGAAAACGAAGAUGUUGGAUUAUUAAGCAGACAAGAAUCCUGCGAGCCUUACUUAUGUGAAGUGAUAACAGGCCAAGCUCUAAUUUGUCCUGUUUGUAAUGUAGAACAAAAGACUUCAGAUCUAACCCUGUUCAAUGUGCAUGUGGAUGUUUGCUUAAAUAAAAGUUUUAUCCAAGAAUUAAGAAACGACAAAGUUAACCCAGUUAAUCAACCCAAAGAAAGCUCCAGAAGUACUGGUAGCUCAAGUGGAGUACAGAAGGCUGUAACAAAAACAAAAAGGCCAGGAUUGAUGACAAAGUACUCAUCAAAGAAAAUAAAACCAAACAAUCCCAAACAUACCCUUGAUAUAUUUUUUAAGUAAACAUUGAACAUUUUAUCAUUAAUUUUAAAUUGAAACUUGUUAUUUUAUAAUCAAUGAAUUUGUUCUUUCUGAUUUUAAGUUUGCAGAUUUAUUUAGUGAAGGCAAGUGCAAUAAUCCUUCCUCAGAUGAUGUUUACUUUUCUAAGAUAUAUAUAUAUUGAUUCCAUAUAUCUUUUUUAUAACCAUGAGAAUUUUACUUCCAUUAUACAUCAAUUGGAAAUUAAUCCUGUUAUGAGAUAAUUUUUAAAAGGGAAAUUAGGAAUGAGAUAAGAAGGUGGUUUUUUUUAUUUUUAUACUGAAUAUAAAAACAUAUUUGUAAGGGCUCUCAAAGAUUUACACAAACCUAUAUUAUCAUAAGAAUUUUUCAGCACUUAACUACUUUGUUGGCAUUGAUCCUAGUAUCUAAAUACUUCAUGAGCAUUCAUAAUUAAAAUUUAUCUUAAGUUCUGUGAAGAGUAUUAACAUAACUAGUACAAGUGGUUUUCUUCAGGAAAAUAAAUAUCACAGUUACUAUCUGCGUUAAAAUGUUUUUUGCCUAAAAUACAAUUUUUAAUCUGACUUUUCUUAUUUAGAAUUCCGUUAUCUUAUGAAUAAGCACUUGAAUCACUUUUUAAAAUAUUUAGUCUAAGAUGAUUCAAAGUAGUUUUAUUUUAAUACAGGACCUUUAAAUGGCAGUAUUUCAUUUCUUGUCAAUUAUGUUGGUACUCUCCACAAAUCUAUAAAGAAGGAUGAAUUGUACAGUCAUUUUUUAAUAAUCGUCAAGAGAAAAUGUGUAAUUCAAAAGAUUAAUGUGUAUUAAAACACAUUACAUAUCUUAGUUACAUUUCUAUCAACAUUUUUAUUAAUAUUUGUGAAAGAAGAGAGCUUAAUAGUAGUUAGCUUAAGUAGUUUCUCCAAAUACUUUUGUGCUAUCUAUGAGUUCUUCUCAAAAAAUAAUUAUUUAGGCCAGGCACAAUGGCUCAUACCUGUAAGGACAGCACUUUGGGAGGCUGAGGUGGGCAGAUCACUUGAGGUCAGGAGUUUGAGACCAGCCUGGCCAACAUGAUAAGACCCUAUCUCUACUAAAAUGCAAAAAUUAGCCAGGCGUGGUGGCACAUGCCUGUAAUCCCAGCUACUCAGAUGGCUGAGGCAGGAGAACCUCUUGAACCUGGGAGGUCGAGGCUGCAGUCAGCCAAGAUCUUGCCACUACACUGCAGCCUGGAUGAAGAGCGAGACCCUGUCUCAGUAAUAUAAUAAUAGUUAUUAUUACUAUUUAAUUGUAACAUGAAGUUGGAAGCCAUUUUAUGUUACUUCUUUAAGGAGCUAAAUCUUUUGUUCUCUUAUAUUUUUGUUUUCUCUCCUCUUGCUUUUCAUAUUUUAGCUUAUGAUCUAAAUAUAUAUUUUAUAUAUUAUAAUAUUUUAGGAAUAGCUUAAUUAAGAACUCAUAGACUUUGGCAAAGUGGUAACUGAACUUUUAAUUACUAGAUUGUUUAAAUUAGGCUUAAUGCCUGUUAGCAUGCCAAUCCAAUCCCAUGACUGAUGUUAUUAUACACUGUGGCAAAUACAAAGUUGUAGUGUUAUGGUUCUUGAUCGUGUGAUUUACUUAUGUAAAUUCUGUACAAAUUUAAGUUCAAUGAAAUAUUUAAUGUACUGAAAGGUAAAUAAUACCAUAUUGAAUUAUUUUCUGUCUUGCCUUAAGUUUAUUUUUAUUAUCUUCAAUAUUAGAUUAAAUGCUAAAUUAUUUUCAUUUAAGGAUUUAUUUAGUUGAAUGUUAAUCAUUUAGUAAUAUUUAAUAAUCAUUUGAAAUCAAAUUUAAAACUUUUAUAGAUCUAAUAGAGAUGGUUUCCUUACUUUUCCACUCUUCCUCCCUCUUAUGCCUUCAUUUUUAUUUUCUCUGCCCAGAAUUUUCUUCACAUUCCUUACUACCUGUUUUGUCUAUUAUAUCCAACCCAUUUUCUUUUUAUUAUAAUUUUGAUUUGGGGCAUUUGAAGAAAAUACAGCAAAACUACAAGGACUGGUAAUAAGCAUGCAUAAUUUUACCUACUUAGUGAACCUAAUAUAAACCUAAUAUAAAGAACCACCAUAUUUGCAAUAUAUAUAACUGGUGGAAAACUAGUGUCCAGAGUAUAUAAAUGAUCCCUAUGAAUCAGUAAGAAAAAGACAGUCAAUAGAAAUUUGUACAAAAGACUUUAUAUGGCAUUUCAAAUGAAAGGAAAUCCAGAUGACCAAGAAACAUGAAAAUAUUCCCAGCCAUAUUAAUAUUUGGGAAGUAAAAAAUAAAACUACAAGGAGGUAUCAUUACAUCUCUACCUUAUUUACAAAAAUGAAAUGAUCUAAUGAUACUAAAUUUUGGUGAUGAUGUCAGCUCUUACAUUGAAAACAAUCACUGGAAAGAUUUGUCCUUCAGUAAAUUUAAAGAUAAAUGUGCUCAAAACCCAGCAAUUGCACUCUGAAGUGUACAUCUUUGCAGGCUGUCUUUCAUUACAGUUAUUUUUUUCCCUGUCAGGACCCUAACUAAUACAAUGCCUUGGGAAAACUACUGAACAUGUAUCCUAGAAAGCAUGUACAAGAAAGUUCUGCCCAGUCAGGAAGGUGGCCUAGAAAAAAAUUUUUUAGUGUUCAUAGCAGCACUGCAAUAUCCAAAAGUUAGAAAUGAACCAAUUAUUCAGCAAUGGUAGAAUGGUUAAAUUCUACCGUGGCAUUUGUGUUGAAACAAUAGAAUUCUACACAAUGGUGAAAAUGAAGGAAAUAGCUAACCACAACAUGGAUGAA